CAUUACACAGAGUUCAGAAAUAAAAAAAGGAUUUGUUGACUUUUGUUUUAACCAAACGAACACAACGACCAACGGAAGGGAGCAAGAAACAGAAGUUUCAGCAAUGGACUCCAUUUCUUCUUCUUUUUCUUUUCUUCAUCCAUUGCUUCUAAACCCUUCAAAAACCCGCAAUUCUCCAUCGAACCCUAAAUUUGUUAUCUUUUUGUUCUUCUUUUUCUUCUUCUCCUUCUUCACGUUCUCCUUUUCAGCCUCAGAUUCUCCGUUUCAAUCCACUUACAUUCGCCUCUGCGACAACCUAGUCACCGCAUUCCCGAUCCGCCCCAAUGCCGCCGCAACCUCCUCCGCUGCAAUCGCCGACUCCCUCCGCUUCCAAACUGGCUACUUCACCAGCGCCCACCGCCUCUUCAACCGAUCCGCCGCCUCCGACUACUCCAAGCGCCUCAAUUUCCGCGUCACCUCCAUUCGCAUUACCCAAAACGACGACGUUUUCGAGCUCCGAGGCCAAAUCCUUCUUCAGCAGCGUCGGCCCAACACGAAUUAUAGAAGGUCGCUGAGGAAGGUUUACCGAGGUCACAGAGUUACGAAUUGGGGAGUUUCACAGUGGAUUCGAGCUACUCUCAGGGGGUUCUGGUCACGUUCUUCUGGUAAGCUUUGCAUGCUUGGAACAGGAUCUUAUGGUUACAAGGGUUCGGAUUAUAGGUUUACACUAGUUGGGAAUGAGAAUGGUGGUUGUGUUGGUGGAUCUGAUGGGGAGAAUUUGCCCCUUGGAGACCUUAGCAAAGGAGCCUGCACUGUGUUUCGCGGACGGAUGGAUCAGUUUGAAUUGGAAUAUGGUAGUCACUGUGGUGAUGUUAAUUGCAACCCUAUUGGUUCCGGUGCCCAGAAGUUGCCUGAUUUCUUGUAUUUUUAUGGUAGCAGAUGUGUGACAAGACGAAGGGUUCAAAUGUUGUUGGGUUUUCCUGACACCAGUUACCAUGGUUUUAUGUUUCCAUUUUAUCCUAAUACAACGUUGAUAUCCGAGGGUGUGUGGGAUGAGAAGGAGAAUCGGCUUUGCGCAUCUGCGUGCCGGAUAUUGAACUUCACAGGAGAUUUAGGUAAUCCUUAUGUUGGAGAUUGCUCGAUUAAGCUUGCACUGAGAUUUCCUGCGGUUUUGUCGUUGAGAAACAGGAGUUCUGCUUUGGGCCAGAUUUGGAGUGACAAAGGGAUUGGUGAUUCUGGUUACUUCGGUAAAGUUGGAUUUAAGAGCUCCUUCAAGUCUGCAAGGGGUCUUCAAGGUUUCCAAUAUGUGUAUACUGAGAUUGAAAGGGUAAGAAAAUAUUGUGGAGGAAAGAUGAAUGAUAGGGGGAAGGGAAGAAAGAAGUAUCCAGAUGGAUAUUCUUCUGAUAUGCGAUUUAGCAUGACUGUUAGAAGCAACAAGGGACAAGUAGCUCCUGGUUACUCAUCACCACUAUUUGUUGGGGAAGAGAGCUAUGAAGGAAGGCUAUAUGGGGUUCCAACAAAGAUGGGAAAGCUGAAAUCACCAAGGACUGGAUCAGAUAAUUAUAGCAGUUUGUUGAACGUCAGCUAUACAAUGAGCUUUAACCCUCCACCUGAUUUCAACCUCAGUGGUCAAAUCUCUUCAGGUGAAGUUAAAAUUAGUGCUGAAGGAAUCUACAAUAGGAAUACUGGUAAUUUGUGUAUGACAGGGUGUAGGAAUUUGAGAUCAAAUGGCAAAAUACUGAUGAAGAAUGAGUCAAUGGACUGUGAAAUAGUAAUUAAUGUCCAGUUUUCUGCAUUGAAUGCAAAGCGACGUGACUCUGUUAAAGGAACAAUAGAGAGCACUAGACUAAAGUCUGAUCCUUACUAUUUUGGUCCUCUUCAGCUGUCUUCAAGUUCCAUUUACACGAGUCAGGCAGAUGCAUCAAUCUGGAGAAUGGAUUUUGAGAUUGUUAUGUUGUUGAUAUCAAAUACACUUGCAUGUUUACUUGUAGGAUUGCAACUCCUACAUGUGAGAAAACACCCAGAAGUGCUUCCUUACAUUUCGGUUGUGAUGUUGCUUGUUAUUACUCUAGGUCACAUGAUUCCCCUGAUUUUGAACUUCGGAACCUUGUUUAGCCACAGCCAGCAGACUGUGUUUCUUGGGAGUGAAGGUUGGUUUCAAGUGAAUGAAGUAGUUGUGAGGAUGGUGACAAUGAUUGCUUUCCUUCUCGAGCUGCGUCUUCUCCAUUUGACCUGGUCUUCAAGACAGCAUGAAGGAAGCCAGCCAGGUUUGUGGGUUUCGGAGAAAAAGGUUCUUUGUAUGACUCUACCAUUGUACAUUGGUGGCACACUUGUUGCUUGGUUCGUGCAUAUAUGGAAGAGUGGUCACAAGAAAGGAUCUAGAUCAUUUCGGCUAUCACGCCACAGGUUUAAGUUUCCUCUUGGUCAAGCUUACCAGUCUCCUUCCAUCUUGGAAGACUUAAAAUCCUAUGCCGGUUUGCUCCUCGACGGUUUUCUGCUCCCACAAAUAAUAUUUAACAUAACAUCCAAAGCAGAAGGGAAUACUCUGGCAUCUUCUUUUUAUGUGGGGACAACCAUUGUUCGGAUACUGCCCCAUGCAUAUGAUCUUUACAGGUCUCACACUACUGCAUGGUUCCUUGAUUCAUCAUAUAUCUAUGCAAACCACAGAAUGGGUUUUUACUCCACUGCGUGGGACAUUGUAAUACCAUGCGGUGGUGUUCUGUUUGCAGUCCUUGUAUACUUACAACAGAGAUUUGGCAGCAGGUGCAUUCUUCCAAAGAGGUUUAGAGAGAGUUCUGUAUAUGAGAAAGUACCUGCUAUUGGUAAUGAUGAAUUGUGAUAGCUUAAACUGGUAUUAUAUUAUUGAUUGCAUUAUGUAUAAUGAUUUGUAGCCUCCAAAUUUUUGAGCUAUGGAUGGCAUAGAUUGCAGUGUCACAUACACAGUUCACAUUAUAGCAACAGAGGAUUUUUUGGCCCAGCAGGCGGCUAAUCAUAUCUUGUUACACAAAUUUUGCCCCGUUAUUAUUACUAUUUUUUCUUUAGCUUCCUUGAUCUCGAAGGAUGUAUCACUGCAAAAGAAAGAAAGCUUUUAUUUUUCUCUCAUUUGUUA